AUGGAGUCGGAGCAGUUCAGGGCCGGGGCCGUGUACCUGGGGCACUAUGCCCCGCUCCCCCUGGCCAGGAUCCGCCCUACCGCCAGCCGCGACAAUCUGUGUUUCAUCAUGGUCCGCAGGCCGCUGGACCGGGCCGUGGCACACUACACCAGAUUCGGUGUGAUAGACCGGUUCAGCGGCAAGGAUAUGCACAAGUUGACGCUCAGCGAGCUUGACCUGGCGGUACGCCAGACAGGCGGCGGCGAGUACAUGACCAGGUAUUUGGGGUGCGUCGACGAGGAGGAUUGUGAGCAGCCGGUAGCCUCCAUCAUGGAUUCUGCGAGGGCGCAGCUUCGCAGGUGCCACGUGGGCAUCACAGAUCACUUCAAGACGACCUUGGCAUAUCUGAAAGUACUUCUCCCGUGGCUCGACCUGGAGUCGAUAUCCGAUAUUCACGCGCGCCCUGCGAAUUACGUCGAUGGCAACCGUUUCCUCGGGAAGUUGCAAAGUACACCAGAGAAGGUCGAGGCGAUACAGAAGUGGUACGCGGCAGACAUGGAAAUCUACGACUACGGCAGGGGCCUUUUCCUGAACCAGACCAGGCACGCGCUGAGGUGCUACGGGCACAUCAGCUCCGACGACCACGUUGAAAGGCUGAAGCAGAUGCGCACUAUAUCCCGCAAGGUGAAGCGGAAGCCCGAGACGUACCAGUGGGAGAUCGCGAAGUGCGUCGAGAGAGCCGUGUACUGCCGAGAGGGAGUCCUUCGAGAAAUGUGCAGCUGCACAUCCGCGGAGAGCACGUGA